AUGAUCCACAUCAAGACCGCUUAUCCAAAAUUUAGAAAGAGAACAAAGUGGCUGCAGGAUAAGCACAAUAGCACUUUCAUUCAAUGGCUACGCUUCAAGGUUCAAAGUGAACUUAAUGAGGAAGACAAUCAUGGCGUAUCAGAAAAUUUAAGGUGGCUAGCAGCUGGUCCAAACAUGGCAGUGCCAUUAUAUAGGAGCUAUCUUAUUAAAGGUAUUAAAUUCAACAUCAAGGCACAAGAUGAUGUGCGGACAACUCAAAAUAGUGGAGUUUAUUUACUUGCACAUACUAUGCAAGUUGCUAGUGCCAAGGAUAAAAACCCAAUUCUCUCAAAUAUGGGUUUCUAUGGUGUCAUUCAAGAAAUUUGGGACCUUGACUACCAAAAGUUUACAAUCCCAGUCUUUAGGUGUGAUUGGAUAGAUAAUACUUCUGGUCUUGUAGUGGACGAACUUGGAUUUACCCUUGUAGAUUUGAGUAAAAUUGGACAUAGGAAUGACCAAUUUGUUUUGGCUUCUCAAGUCAAACAAGUAUUUUUUGUUGACGACCCAAUGCAUCGUGGUUGGUCGGUAGUGUUAUCAAUGCCUAAUAGAGAAUAUAAUGAUGUUAUUGGUGAUGAUGUCUUAGGUGAUGUGAGAAUUGAGUGUGAGCCAUUUACUAGAGGGAUGCCAAAUGUUGACACAUUUGAUGAAGUGGUGGUUGAGUUAGGGAGUCAAAAUAUUCGAGAUGGGUGUGAAGAUAUAUGGGUUGAAUGA